AUGGCAUCCGAUGAAGAAGAAGAUUUCACACAAUUUCAACAAAAUCAGAAUCGAAAACAAAAAAAAGCUGGCGGUUGGCAAUCACUGGGUUUGGAUCACGCCGUUUAUAAAGCAAUUGAGAAAAAGGGUUACAAGCAGCCAACUCCUAUUCAACGCAAAACAAUUCCAUGCAUUGUUGAUGGUAAAGAUGUGGUGGCGAUGUCGCGUACCGGAUCCGGAAAAACCGCGGCUUUUGUAAUUCCGAUGCUUCAAAAACUAAAAAGACGAGAUACAAAAGGAAUUAGAGCUCUUCUUGUUUCUCCAACUCGAGAGCUUGCUUUACAAACGUUCAAAGUUGUAAAAGAGCUUGGAAAGUUUACUGGAUUACGCUGCGCUCUGCUCGUUGGUGGUGACGCUUUAGAGGACCAAUUCUCAACGAUUCAUGAGAAUCCUGACAUUCUACUUGCUACUCCCGGACGAUUGCUUCAUGUUAUUGUCGAAAUGGACCUGAAACUUUCAUUUGUUCAAUAUGUUGUGUUUGACGAAGCUGAUAGACUUUUUGAAAUGGGAUUUCAAGAUCAAUUAACGGAAACCCUUAAAAGAAUCCCUGAAAGCCGACAAACCCUCCUAUUUUCCGCCACUCUACCUAAAAUGCUUGUGGAUUUCGCUAAAGCGGGAUUAACUGAUCCAAUGCUUGUUCGUCUUGACGUUGAUGAAAAAGUCAGUGAUAAACUGUCAAUGGUCUUCUGUAUGUGUCGUCCAGAGGAGAAACUAUUUGCUCUUCUUCAUCUGUGCAGGCGAAUGAAUGUCGAAAACAAGCAGACUGUCGUAUUCUGUGCAACAAUGAAGCAUGUCGAAUAUGUUGUUGGAAUUCUUCACCGUGCUGGAAUUGACUGCUCAUUCGUUUACUCGCAGCUCGAUGCGACGGCGCGAAAAAUGAAUAUUCAAAAAUUCCAUGAAAAAAAGAACAAUAUUCUGGUGGUAACCGAUGUUGCUGCAAGAGGAGUUGAUAUUCCACUUUUGGACACGGUGAUUAAUUUACACUUCCCACCAAAGGCCAAACUUUUUGUUCAUCGUGUUGGUCGUGUUGCGAGAGCCGGAAGAAGCGGAACAGCUAUUUCGCUUAUUGCAAAUGAUGAGCUUCCGUACUUGGCCGAUUUGUUUUUAUUCCUUGGAAAGCCAAUAAAUUUUGCCCAAGAUGGAAGUGUUUAUAAAGAAGAUGAGACUCUUAUUGGUCGCGUUCCUGACUCGAUUGUUAGCGUCGAAACCGAAUUUUUCAAUUCAAUACAUGAUAAUAACGAGGAAAUGUUGGACCUUAGGCAGAAAGCGAAUAAUGCGAUGCAAAAAUACACGCGAACACGUCCGCCGCCUUCUGCGGAAUCAGCUCGUCGUGUGAAACAAGAUCUACGUGAAGCAGCCGUCGAAUGUGCGCCUCAUCCGUUUUUGAAAUGCGAAGGCGACCGGCAAAGCUAUGAUAUUCUCAUCAAAAUUGCAAAUUAUAAGAGUCGAAAUACAAUUUUCGAAAUGAAUAAAAGCCAAAAAUCGCAGGCUCUAGCUGUAAUGCAAGAAAAGCGAAAAGCUCACGAGUCUCGAAUUUUGACAGUAGCCGAAGAGAAAAAGAAAAUGAAAGAAGCGGCAAAGAAGGAAAAUAAAGUAGUUUCGAACGAAAAAGACGAAGUCGAGACGGGAAAAGCUGAAAUGGCUGAUGAAAACGAAUUAGCCAAAGUUUUCACAAAAGUUAUCGGAUCAACGAAGGCGAAAGAAACUUCUGAAGAAGUUAAAAAACCGAAAAAGAAGAAGAAUGGAGGUGGCGGAAAGAGAAUUGAUCGCGCAGAGCAAAUGCGGCUGGAAAAAGAACGCCAUUAUGUACCGUACACCUCUACGGAUCAUGUCGCUGAACGACAUUUGGCUUUGGACAAAGUUGAUUUCGCCCGACAAGCUGAAGGAGCUUCGGUUGAUAUUAUUGCGGAUGAUGAUCGUGGAAUGUAUAAGCAGACGCAUGCGAAACGAUGGGAUAGAAAAUUGAAAAAGUUCGUUGGAGCUGAUGAGCCUGCCCAGAAGAAAAUUCGAACGGAAGAAGGAACUUGGUUGCCGGCUUCAUAUAAAACUGGAAAAUAUGAGGAAUGGAAGCAGAAGCAAAAAAUUGGAUUCAAGAAGAAUAAUGAUGAUGAUGAGGAUGGGGAGAAUACCGAUAAUUCUCAGAUGAACAGUCGAAAGAGGAAAUGGGGAUCGAAGAGCGCGUCAGCAAAUGGGCCAAAGCAUUCAGAAUUGAAAACAAAGGAGCAAAUACUUAAGGGACGAAGGAAGCAAGAGAAACUACAAAGUUAUAUGGAGCAUCGCAGACAAGAAAAUGUCAAGAAAAAGAUGAGUUCCGCAAAAGGAGGAAAGAAUAUGAAGAGCGGCAAAGGAAAAGGAAAAAGGCGAUAG